UUUGUUUUUGUCUUAUUCUUGCUAACUUGAUUACUAGUCGCGGCAAAAUGACGUAAGAUUAUCUAAAAAAAAAAAAUCCUCCUAGUGCUGCUGAACAUGGCGGCGCUGCUGAGAGGUCUACGUGCUGGAAGGGCACUUCGGGGGCUGAGCAGCGUGGUGGCUGCACCCACUCCAACGACCCCCCAGUGCAGCAGCCUGAGACGAGGCUUCCACCGUGCAGCACUGAGGCUUCAGGACGAAUCUAAAUCUGACAAAACUCCCUCCUCAUCAUCCACAACCUACCAUGAGCACUACCAUGCUCCCCCUGCUGAACAGGACAACGCAGCAGCUUCCCAGGACGACUCAAAAUGUGACCCAGCAGCUGAGCAGGAGGCUUCCAGGCCAAACACCAGUUACCAGGACCAGAGCGGAGAGCAGGGAGAGGAAUACGAGACAGAGGAGCAGCUUCAGGCUCGAAUUCUGACAGCAGCUCUUGAGUUCGUCCCUCUGCAUGGCUGGUCAAUGGAAGCCAUUGCAGCCGGCGCUGAGACGCUUGGCCUAUCCUCUGCUUCCACUGGCAUGUUCUAUAAAGGAGCUGGUGACUUGGUCCUCCACUUCAUUACCCAGUGCAACUCACAGCUGACAGAGAUCCUGGCUGAACAACAUAAGCAGGUCCAGCUGGGUCAGGCUGAAAAAAAGAAGACAGAUGACUUUCUAAGAGAUGCUGUAGAGAUCAGACUGAGGAUGUACAUCCCCUACAUUGAAACAUGGCCACAGGCGAUGAGCAUCCUUCUCCUUCCUCACAAUAUCCCAGACAGCCUGAAGCACCUUUCCACCUUGGUGGACGACAUGUGGUACUACGCUGGAGACCGAUCCACAGACAUGAACUGGUACACCAAACGGGCGGCACUGACGGGCAUCUACAACACCACAGAGCUUGUAAUGCUUCAGGACUCUUCUCCGGACUUCCAGGACACCUGGAACUUCCUUGACAACCGCAUUCAGGAUGUAGUCAACAUGGCAGGCACCGCUAAACAGGUGCAGUCGACUGGUGAAGCAGUGGUGCAGGGGCUCAUGGGAGCUGCUGUUACACUGAAGAACCUCACAGGAUUGAACCAGAGGCGAUGAAAAACAUCUCUCAUUCACAGUGAUACUGACCAUCUGGCUUGUGUCAUGAGCUGAAGAUCAAUUUUCUUUUGCUCUUAUUUCUGAUUUACUGUAUGAAUCUGAAAGUAUUGGAUUUUGGCUUCCAUCAGCAAGAGAAAACCAUUAUUUGCCACUGGCCAGGAGUCUUUCUUUGUGUUCACCUGUAGGACCAGUGGCUUUUGUUUCACUGUCCAAUAUGUCAUCCUCCUGCUCAGUAUAAAAGGACACAAAGAUUUGUAACUUUGUUGUUUGACUUCAAUAAAGUAAUUAUUAUUGUAUAUUUAACAUUUUUGUUUUUUCCAGUGAUCUGGUUAAUAUUAAAUUCUUAAUCUACAAUAAAGGUUGAACUCAGGCAGGGAACUCAAUUAGCCGAGUUUGGGAGUUGAUGGGCUCUAUCAUUCAAAAAUUUGACCUGUUAUUGAAAAAGAUACUGUGACAAUAAAGCAUAAAUGCUUUUUCACUGGGA